AAUUUCAGUUUUACAAGAGGAAAAGACCUAUGGAGAUCAAUGGUUAUGGUGGUUGUACAAUAUUAUGUUUGUAUUUAAUACCACUGAACUGUAUGCUUAGAAAAUUAAUCUGUAAAUUUUGAUAUGUAUUUUCCACAAUACAAAAAUUUGAACAACAACAACAAAAACCCCUGCAUGUAAACAUUUAUAGUGGCUUUAUUCAUCAUCCUCCGAAAUGGAAACAGCCCAAAUGUUCUUCAACUAUUGUAGUACCUCUGUACAAAAUAGUGAUGACUGAUGCAUGGAACAGUAUGGAUUUAUCUCAAAUGUAUGAAGGAAUAUAAAUAGUUGCUGGAAAGAACACUGACAACUUCAAAGCAAAAUGAAGUUCUUUCUAUUGCUCUCAGCCAUUGGGUUCUGCUGGGCUCAGUAUGCCCCAAAUACCAAAUCUGGACUGACAUCUAUUGUCCACCUGUUUGAGUGGCGCUGGGUUGAUAUUGCUCUUGAAUGUGAGCGAUACUUAGCUCCUAAAGGAUUUGGAGGGGUUCAGGUCUCCCCACCCAAUGAAAAUGUUGUAAUUACUAACCCUUCAAGACCUUGGUGGGAAAGAUACCAACCAGUUAGCUACAAGUUAUGUACAAGAUCAGGAAAUGAAAAUGAAUUCAAAGACAUGGUGACUAGAUGUAACAACGUUGGUGUCCAUAUUUAUGUGGAUGCUGUCAUUAAUCAUAUGAGUGGAAGUGGUGUGGCUGCAGGAACGAGCAGUACUUGUGGAAGUUACUUCAACCCUGGAACUAGGGAUUUUCCAGCAGUCCCAUACUCUGCUUGGGAUUUUAAUGAUGGUAAAUGCAAAACUGAAAAUGGAGGAAUUGAGAGCUAUAAUGAUCCUUUUCAGAUCAGAGAUUGUCGCCUGGUUGGUCUUCUUGAUCUUGCACUGGAGAAAGAUUAUGUGCGCUCCACAGUUGCUGAAUAUCUAAACCGUCUCAUUGACAUUGGUGUAGCAGGGUUCAGAAUUGAUGCUUCGAAGCACAUGUGGCCUGGAGUCAUGAAGGCGAUUUUGGAUAAACUGCAUAAUCUAAACACAACCUGGUUCCCUGAAGGAAGUAAACCUUUCAUUUACCAGGAGGUAAUUGAUCUGGGUAGUGAGUCAAUUCAAAGCAGUGAGUACUUUGGAAAUGGCCAUGUGACAGAAUUUAAAUAUGGUGCAAAACUAGGCACAGUUCUACGCAAGUGGAAUGGAGAGAAGAUGGCUUAUUUAAAGAACUGGGGAGAAGGCUGGGGUUUCAUGCCUUCUGACCGAGCACUUGUCUUUGUGGAUAACCAUGACAACCAGCGAGGGCACGGAGCUGGGGGGGCAUCUAUUCUUACAUUCUGGGACCCCAGACUAUACAAAAUGGCAGUUGGAUUUAUGCUUGCUCAUCCCUAUGGAUUUACACGAGUCAUGUCAAGCUACCGUUGGGCAAGACAUUUUGUGAAUGGACAAGAUGUUAAUGAUUGGAUUGGGCCACCAAAUAAUAAUGGAGUCAUUAAAGAAGUUACUAUUAAUCCAGAUACUACUUGUGGCAAUGACUGGGUCUGUGAACAUCGAUGGCGUCAAAUAAGGAACAUGGUUAUGUUCCGUAAUGUAGUUGAUGGCCAACCUUUUACAAACUGGUGGGAUAAUGGUAGCAACCAAGUAGCUUUUGGAAGAGGAAGCAGAGGAUUCAUUGUCUUUAACAAUGAUGACUGGACAUUAUCUUCAACUUUGCAGACUGGUCUUCCUGCUGGUACAUAUUGUGAUGUUAUUUCUGGAGAUAAAGUUGGUGGUGAUUGUACAGGAAUUAAAGUCUAUGUUUCUGGUGAUGGCAAUGCUAGUUUUUUUAUUAGUAACUCUGCUGAAGAUCCAUUUAUUGCAAUUCAUGCUGAAUCUAAAUUAUAAAAUUUGAAUUAAAUACUUACAUUCAGAGAAAUACAAUGUGUUUCUGUUCUUACAUAUCUGUAAUAUUAUAUAACUUCUCAUAAUUCAUUAAUUUUUGCUAAAAGCUGUAAUAAGUAAUCAACUUGAAAAACUCAGAAAGGCAUAAAAAACACAUAUAUUUCUAUGAUUAUAAUUACAAUCAACAUUUAGUUAUAUUUUAGAAGAUUCUCAUAAACUUAUUUGUGAAAGGCAUUUCUAAGAACUCAGAGAAUCCUGUGGAAAAACGUUUGUUGCCAUUAGCACCAUAUGCCCAGCUAUGUAUCUCUAAUGUAUGUCUGUAUUUCUUACAUAGUGUGUUUCUAACAAUCAGUUAGGGGUAGCUGAUUUAAUGAUAAAGUCAUAAGAUUUGGGUGCUUUUCAUAAUAUAAAGGCCCUUUCAAGGUUAAUAAGUUAAAAACUAAAAGAAACAAAUUAUGCAGUCUAUAAUUCUUAAUUAUCUGGAACUUACAGCAGUCUUCUCCUACUUUCUGUAUAUUCUUUUCUUUUUCUUUCUCUUUCCAAUGGCUCUCACAUGAUGAUGUUUUAUGGCUUUUGUUCCAUCUCUUUACCCCUAAUAUGAAUGGAUAUUUCUGUGUGGCUCUAAUGACAUCAUUUACUCCAGAUUUUCUUCCUGAACCUCUAGGUAUUUAUUCCCCUUCUCCUUGAUUGUAAAUGUAGAAUUUAUUAAUGCUCUCAUCUAGGUCUUCUUACAACUCUCAGCUGUUUUAUUUUAAUGGUUGAAUAAGAAAAUAGAAGCCAUAACUUGGAAGCUCUCUCUUCUUUUCACCCAUGAAUCUAUCUACACUCAACCCUAUCAUUUUCUUCCAACCUCCUUUCUUAAUGAAUGAAGUGCACUUCACUUUUACAAAAAGUCCAUUCCCUCCAUUUUUACCUUUUUGAGGACUUUAUUUCUUAGAUUAUCCUUUCUCCUUGGAUUUAACCAUCUUUCUCUUUCUGAUAGCUUAUCUCUUUCUGAUAGAUUAGUCCCCUCAGAUUACAUGUAUCACGUUAGAAUCUUUCAACUAAAAAUUCUGUGACCCUCAGUUUUUCCCUUCCAAGUCAAAUUUCUGAGUUUUCAUCACCCAGUCUCAACAUCCUCAACACUAGUCAUUUUUCCUCUCCUUACUGUUCAGUUUCCGUGAUCACUUCAUUUAAUCUGUUCUUGUCAACAUAAUCAAAAUAUUGAUAUUACUGACACAAUGUAUUUCUUUAUCCUCAUCUUGCUCUACUUCAGAACAGUAUUCAAUAUGGAGAGACAUGCUUGCCUCCUCUCUUCCUUUGGCCUCUGUGGUUGUUUUCCACUCUCUCACUAAUAUCUCUUUUUCAGAUUUUCUUUUUUUACUGGCUUAGUUACUCUUUGACCAAAGAACUCAUCUGGAUUUUAUUCUCUUUCUUUUCUGUCCUCUCUUCUAAGUGUUUGCAAUCAUUUCCAUGGAUUUAAAACCCAUACUUUGGCAUGAAGGCCUGUAUCUCCAAAGCAGAUCUUUUCUUGGACUUAAACCUCACAUUUACAGUAGUUCCUUCACAUCUCUACUUCAGUAUUUCACAGACAUCUUGUACUUGACAUAUCCAAAAUGUGACCUUCAAUUUUUUUCUUCAGCAAACAUUUUGUUACUCCCUGCUGCUCUGUUUCACCACUUACUUAGAAACCUGUGAUGUUUCCUGGAUAUUUUCCCCUUUCUCUUAACAACUUGCUCUGUCUCCUCACAUAAACCUUAACAUGGUCUAUUCAUUUUUAUCUUCAAAAUAUCUCUUAAUUCCUUGCACUGCUUUUCUUGUACCCUCUUCCACCUGUUCAUCCAAGUCCUCCUUAUUUCUUGAUUGGGUUCUGAAACAACUUCUCUCUUCUUUGUACUGUUUUACUCAAUGGAAUUUACUAAAAACUACAAAUUAAUAUUCAUAGCAUUUAAGACAAAUUACAAAUUUUCACACCUAAAAUUAUUAAAAUUUUGUUGCAUUUGGAGUAAAAUCUCAACUCCUUAUGAUAACCUAUGAUACUACAUAUUAUUUGGCAUGAACCUAGUGCUCCAAACUCAGCUUUGUUCCUUCUGUUGGUAAUCUCUUACCCUCAGGCAUACUGGUCUUUCUUCAUUUUCUUGAAUAUGCCAUGGUAUUGGUCUCCUUGGAGACUUUUUUGGAUGUUUACCCACACUUCAUUUGGAGUGCUCUUAACCCAGGUUUUAGCAUGGCUGGCUCCUGCUCUUUACAAACGGUGCAAUAACUCAGUGACUGGCAUCAGCAGUCAUUCAGUUCUGCAAUCCAGAAGUCUGGUCUCAUUGCUGAAACCCUCUUCUCUUAGGUCACCCAAAUCCCAUUCAGCAUCACAUUCCUAAUUUAUCUUUGAAAUAUUUCUUGACUGUGUUCCUUUCUCUCUCCACUGGUACUGACUACUCAUCCUUUUCUUAAGUAAUUAACAUCUCUUAUUUACCAACAUUAUUAUGAAGAAAAUACCACAGACUCAAAAUAUAACACCAUAAUUUAUUGUUUAUAACAAAUGCAUUGCAGGAUGGACUCAGGGAGAUGAAUCCCAAGCUAGGACCUGGGAACUCCUCACAGCAGUUUCAUAACAUAUCAGAAUUACAUGCUUUCUUUUAGGUAAGAUUGUACUCUUUUAAGAAUUUCCUGGUGGUUAGCAGGGGAGUCGGGUAACCAUGAUAAUUAGGUGUAUACCUCCGGGAAGGGAAGAUGAACAUUAUGGACUUAAGGUUGAAAGCUUCUAAAAGGAUACUUGAAAGGGAUUCUGUAAUGGAAUAACAGUAUUUGUACAGGGAGCAUAUUUGUAGAGGCUAAAGAUUUUGUCCAGGAGAGUAAUACAUCAUAGAUGUGUAUUGAAAUUAUUACUAGUACAAUACCAGACUAAUAGAACUUCACUUUGUGUUGAUUAUGGAGGGGCUCACUGCAGCAUCAGCAUCUACUUUAGACCCUUCCUCUAGUCAUUCCAUUCUCUACUGUGCAUCCAGAGAGAGAUCUUUUCAAUCAGAAAACCACCACCAGCACCACCACCUUUCCAUAAUCCUGUCAAUGGAUUACCACUUACCUUAGAAAAAAGGGCAAAACCUCAACAGGACUGUUACAUCUGUCUGUAUCUGAAGCCUCAUCUCCCAAACUCUUCUCUUUAACUUUUUUUUUUCCCCUCAAGCCACACUAAUCUUUUAGUUACUCAAACUCACCAAGCUCCUUUUAUCUCCUGAUGUUCAAUGCCAGGAAAUUCUGCCUCUCCUACAUGAAACAUUUUUUUCUCACAUGUUUUCCUAAUUAACUCCUAUUCAUCAUUCAAAUCUUAGUUCAAAGGCCUCUUCCAUAAAGACAUUUAUCCAGGAUUAGGUCAAAGUCCCCUAUUACUGUCAUGACUUUCUGUACUUUCUUUCUUACCACUCAUCAUAAUACAGUGGGACAGUGUCUAUUCAGACUUUCCUGAAUCCUUCAUCUCAGACCAGAGUCUGGUACGUAUUACUUAAGAACUCACUAAUUGUUUGCAAGACAAAGUGAGAUAAUGAAAGAGAAGAAGAAAAGAAAAUAUGUCAGUUUUUCAGAAGUAGAAACUUAGUAAAAGUUGAGGCCUUGGAAUAGAGAUAUUCCUCUCAUCCUCUCUCUAAUUCUUCCCAAUUUUAAAUAAUUCCUGUUUCUCCUGAUUUCUCAGGUUGUAAAUGUCAUGGAAUCUCAGUAGAAGCAGGAAAAGUAUAGGCAUACCUCAGAGAUAUUGUGCAUUCACUUCUGGAUCACCAUAAUAAUGUGAAUUUGUUAAGUGCUUCACAUAAAUUUUUUGGCUUCCCUGUGCAUGCAAAAGUUAUAUUUAUACUGUAGUCUGUUAAGUGUGCAAUACCAUUAUAUCUUUCAAAAUGUACGUACCUUAAAUAAAAAAUACUUUAUUGCUAAA